CAGCGCAAAAGAGAGCAAGGCGUUUCAAAAUGGAGGCCAUCCAGGGAAAAGGGAGGCCAUGAAAAAGAAGAUAAGCUAAAAGAAUUCAUAGAAAUAGAACCGUGCCCCAAAUGGAGGACGUUUUGGAAUCCCUAGUCCUGGAGGGAAGCUGAAAUGGAGGGCAGGUCACCUCAAAAUGGAGGCCGUCCAAGGAAACGGGAGGCCGCGGAAAAGAAAAGCAAAAGCUAAGAACGCUCCUCGGAAGAGACUGGUGCCCAAAAUGGAGGAUGUUUUGGAAUUCCCCCGGAGAGAAGGCUGCAGCGGAGGGCAGGCCCUGGAAAGGAGGACCCUUCUCCCCCAUCUCCCUGGGGCUGUGGCGGGCGGCGCUGAGGGGAAACCCUGCCCUGGGCCCUGCCUCCCUCCCUCCCUGGGGUCCCUCCUUCCCUGGCCAGGAGAGCCCGAGGAGGAGGAGGAGGAAGAAAGCAUCCUCGCUGCGAGGAGGACGGACAAACUACUGUGCCUCAUCUGACAUGUCAAGAUAACACUUGCAAGGAUUGUUUGCUGUUUUCCUCCAUUUUGACUCCCAGAUUUGCCAUCUUGGGAGAUUUUUUAAUCCCAUGGUGAGCAACAUGGAGCCCUGAGUCAUUGGGAAACGGAUGGUCGUGGCUUAGCUUGGAAACUCUGUUGCAAUCCCAGAACUAAAAAAGGGGAAAAUACUCACGUGAGUCAGUAGCCAGAGCUUGGCUGUUAAUUGUUGCAAGAUCCUGGAACAUCAGAAGAGACAGCAGCUGCAGGAUAACCUCGUUUUUAGCUUCUUGUACUUUCUGGAACACUUGAAGCAACAUGGGUUCCAUGUUCCGCAGUGAAGAGAUGUGCUUGGCUCAGCUGUUCUUGCAGUCAGGUUCUGCAUACGCUUGCAUCAGUGAACUAGGCGAACAGGGACUUGUAGAGUUCCAUGAUUUGAAUCCCCAUGUCAAUGCCUUCCAGCGACGUUAUGUGGGAGAGGUGCGACGAUGUGAAGAUAUGGAAAAAACCUUCACUUUCUUGACCCAGGAAGUGCGGAAGGCAGGGCUGUCACUAACACCCCCUGAGGAGAAUUUGCCAGCUCCACAAUCUCGCGAUGCCCUGCAGAUCCAAGAAGAGUCAGAGACACUGGCACAAGAGCUGAGGGAGGUGAGCCACAACCGUGAGGCACUGCUCAGUCGACUACAGGAGAUGCGAGAGCAUAUUCAUGUGUUGCAGGAAGGACAGCACUUCACUGGUCAGCUGCAGGUACCACUGGGAUCCCCAUUCCGCCGGCGUGCCUUCUCUGAUAGAGAGCCUCUGCUUGAUCCAUCCAUGGCACAGCGAAUUGACCUCAGACUAAACUUUGUGGCUGGUGUGAUCCACCCAUGGCGUGUUAGUUCUUUUGAACGACUUCUGUGGCGUGCAUGCCGUGGAUAUCUUGUUGCUCAUUUCACAGAGAUGCCAGAGCCCCUCAUAAAUCCAACCACGGGUGAGAGUGUCACCUGGGUCAUCUUCCUCAUCUCCUAUUGGGGUGAACAGAUUGGACAAAAAAUCCGCAAGAUCGCCAACUGUUUUCAUUGCCAUCUGUACCCAUAUGCCGACGAUGAGGCUGAGCGGGGAGAAACCCUGCGUCGUUUGCGCACCCAGAUAGAAGAUCUGACCACUGUCUUGGGCCAGACGGAGCAAUAUUUGGACCAGGUGCUGAAGAAGGUGCUACUGCUACUUCCUGCUUGGCAAAUGCGGAUUCAGAAGAUGAAGGCCAUCUACUUCAUCCUCAACCAGUGCAGCUUUAACAUAACUGACAAGUGCCUCAUUGGUGAAGUGUGGUGCCCUGUACGUGAUCUUCCAGCUGUACAGCAAGCCCUGAGGGAGGGAUCGCGCCUCAGUGGUUCUACAGUAGAAUCCUUUGCCCAUCGGAUCUCCUGCACUGAGAACCCCCCUACUCUCAUCCGUACUAACAAGUUCACAGCUGGCUUCCAGAACAUUGUUGAUGCCUAUGGGGUGGCCAGCUAUCAAGAGGUGAACCCAGCUCCCUACACUAUCAUCACUUUCCCAUUCCUUUUUGCUGUCAUGUUUGGGGACAUUGGCCAUGGUCUGCUGAUGUUUCUCUUUGCCCUGUGGAUGGUGCUAGCUGAGAACAGUCCUGGCCUGAAGAAGGUGGAAAAUGAGAUCUGGCAGACGUUCUUUGAGGGCCGCUACCUCAUCCUCCUUAUGGGUGCUUUCUCUAUGUAUACUGGCUUCAUCUACAAUGAAUGUUUCAGCAAGGCUACCACCAUCUUUCCAUCUGCUUGGAGUGUUGCUGCCAUGGUUAACCAGUCAGAAUGGAGCUGGAAGUAUAUCACUGAAAACCCUGUUCUUCCCCUGAAUCCUAACAUCACCGGAGUCUUCAAUGGCCCCUACCCUUUUGGGAUAGACCCGAUUUGGAGUUUGGCUGUCAACCAUCUCACCUUCUUGAAUUCCUUCAAGAUGAAGAUGUCUGUGAUCUUGGGCAUUGUGCACAUGAGCUUCGGGGUAUUUCUUGGCAUCUUCAAUCACGUUCACUUCAAGCACAGGUACAAGAUUCUACUGGUUUUUCUUCCGGAGAUCACCUUCCUGCUGGCACUCUUUGGCUAUCUUGUGGUCCUGAUUUUUUAUAAGUGGCUGGUCUACAAUGCUUCUAAUUCCCAAUGGGCACCUAGCAUUCUCAUCCACUUCAUCGACAUGUUUCUGUUUGCAGAGAAUGCUGAUAACUUGCCACUCUAUGAACACCAGGUGACGGUGCAGACUAUUUUGGUGGUGGUGGCCCUCGCUUCAGUGCCUGUCCUACUGCUAGGGGUACCCUUGUAUCUCUGGUGCCAGCAUUCACGGAAAAAGGCCUCCCAGUCCCAGCAUGAACCCUCAACUGUAGAAGAGCGCCAGUCUUUGAUAAACUCUGGGCCAAGCAGGUCGGUGAACGUUGCAGAGGAUGAUGUGGACCGUGCCCAACCAAGGCAGGAGCUGGAGUUUGAGUUCUCUGAAGUGUUCAUGCAUCAAGCAAUCCACACCAUUGAGUAUUGCCUGGGGUGCAUCUCAAACACAGCUUCCUACCUGCGUCUAUGGGCUCUUAGCUUGGCCCACGCACAACUUUCAGAGGUCCUGUGGACCAUGGUGAUGAGGAACGGCUUUUGGAUGACUGGCUACAAGGGUGGUGUCAUCCUUGUACCAGUCUUUGCCUUCUUUGCGGUAUUGACUGUGGCUAUCCUGCUUGUGAUGGAAGGGUUAUCAGCUUUCCUGCAUGCCCUGCGUCUGCACUGGGUGGAAUUUCAGAACAAAUUCUAUGCAGGUGCUGGGUACCGGUUCAACCCAUUCGCUUUCACUGCCAAUAUCUGGGACUAAGAGAAGAAAGACGAAGGCUUCUCUGAAGAGAGCAGAUGUACUGUGUGCCCUCAUGAGCCAGUGGGGAAAAUUAAUUGGCUUAUGCUGCAUUUUCUUACUUGAGCAACUAUCUUGCUUCUCUUUCUGCCGAUUGUGCCUCCUGUCCUACCACAUGGUGCGACAGAGCUUUCUUUACCCCUUUCCCCUAUUUGGACCUGCUGUCUGUUACAAUGAAGAUAAGGUCAUAUGCUGCUUCACCACAAGGAUAUCAGUAUUGGAGGAAAUUCUGAAACUGCCUCCUGGUCCAUGCCAUGUUACUUCCAUUCUUGAUUCAUGGGAUUUGCACCUGAACCAGACUGUCUUGUGCAUAUCUGUGUAGCCAUAGAGAUGCUUCCGGGAAAAAUGUACCAGUACCCUAUACCAAUAUAAGGAUAGGACUA